UUUACGUUCACAAAACACAAACUUUUAAGGUAAACAAGUCGUUUACACUUUAAACUUUUCCAAAAAUUUACAGUUGAAAAUUAAAUAUGUGUUACUGCCCCGAGGAUUGUUUCGACGACUGCUGUUGCUCGCUAUGGAGCAAGGCGUACUUCUUCAGCAUAUGGACUCUUAUACAUGGAAUCAUUUUUACAAUAGCAAUGCUUGGUUAUAUAGCAUAUUUGUAUGCUGAAGAUAUUUUUCUUUAUAUCGGCGCUGGCCUCUUAAUAAUUGCCCUCGUGCACUUAAUUGCUGGAAUACUCUUGUUAGUGGGCUUUUUGAAGAACAAACGUACUAUGUUUUUGGUUGGCAUCAUUUUAAGCUCCAUAUUACCAUUUGUGUUUGUGGGAUUAAUUUACCUACCAAUUAUACAAGUCAUCUUCAUUAUCAUAGCAUGCAGAUAUUAUAAAAUGAAAAUGUAAAGAAGCACUAAAGAACACCAAUCCGAUUGCGAGAAGCUGACAAGAGGUCAAAUGUUCACGUUUAGAUUUUGAUUGUGGACCAUUUAAAUGUGAUUAAAAUGCAUUUUGAAAAAAAAAGGAAAAAAGCCUAGCAAAUGGGCCAAACAGAAGUAUCGAGAUUUUAAACAAAACAAAUAAAUGUGGUAUAUGGUCGUAUGGAAUUAUGCGUAUAUGUCGUAUGAACGUAUAUUGUAAGUAAAGCCAACUGGACGAAAACCGGGAUAAAUGUGAAGACGCAGCAACAGUUAAGAAAGUAUUGAGCGUCAACAGAACAAGCAGAUGUUUAUAUGCUGAUGAGUAUGCAGGGCGUAUGUUGUAAGUAAGGUCGUCCACAAAGACGAGAUUCGGGAAGAACUUCAAGACGCGGCAACAGUUAAAGAACUAUUCAGAUACCCAGAUUUUACGCAGAACAUAUAGAUGUGUAUAUUAUCAUGAUUAUGAAAUAAAUUACUUUCAGCAAGGGAACAGAUA